AUGGCAGUAGACUUUGUAUCUGCAGAUUAUGGCUGGUUACGAUCGCGCGAUGGAACACAAUUGGCAUGCAUCCUCUUCUGUGCAGGAAAAGCGAGGAUCGGGUAUUUUACCAAUAAGGAAAUCAUUUGGCAUGCUGAAAAAGCAAUGAUGAUCUUGGAAAAAGAUUAUCAGGAUGAUGACCAUGUCUUUGUUUUUGAUAAUGCCUCGACUCACCAGAAAAGAGCUGAUAGCGCAAUAUCUGCUUAUCAGAUGCUGAAAGGUUGCAGACACUGGGGGGUUGACGCACCAGUACAGGAUGCACAAGGAAAAUUGAUCUGUGGCCCUAAUUGUUAUACAUGGCCAGAGAAAGUCCGCAUGGCCGAUGGUUUCCAUGAUGGAGCACCCCAGGAAUUUUAUUGGCCAAAGGGGCACAAGAAGUCAGGCCUGUUCAAAGGCAUGGCAACCAUUUUGACAGAACAUGGUUUUGAUGUGACAAAGUUGAAGGCCCAGUGUAAAAACUUUGAGUGUGCAGCUGGAGCAACAGAUUGCUGCUGCCAUCAUAUUCUCUAUUGUCAGCCUGAUUUCGCAAAUGUCGAGUCAUUCUUGGAGACCACUUGCAAGGCUAGGGGUUUUCAGGUCAUUUUUCUUCUGAAGUUCCAUUGCAAGUUGAACUUUAUCAAGCAGUGCUGGAGUUUUGCGAAGCAGAUUUAUCACACCUACCCCAUGUCAAUGAAGGAUAGUGACCUAGAGAUUAAUGUGGUUAAUGCGCUGGAUUCUGUCCCUAUCACCAGCAUGCAGAGGUAA